ACAGAAUUAGAAUCUGAGGGAUUAUGCACUGAAACAGGAAAACACAAGGAGGAAGGAGACUAGAGAUUACUAGGGAAAUACGAGUUUGGCAUCAGCUUCCUGUGUGGUCUUAUCUUUAGGUUUACCCCAAGGGGGGCUGUCUCACCUGACUCCCCAAAAUAAGCUGCUUUGGAACCCAUAAAUAUUCUCAUUGGUGGUUCCUUGGGGUGAAUUGUGGGGGAUGAAUUAACCAGUGCUGUCAUGUGGCUGGAUCUGCCUUGUGAAUUCUCUUUCUCCUGCAAGCUAAGCCACAUGUUCUUGCCUACUUCCCAGAACCUGUUGGUUGGGGUUCUGGUUUGGCUGGAACCUGAGAACUUCGCCUCGGUCACUACGCCCUAGCCUGUUACAUAGCACACUUUCCUUUUCAAAAUGACCAGUUGCCCCGAACAACACUGUAGGGUAGCCAAGGUCUUUAAUAGAAGCGAAACGAGGGCAACGCCUCCCCACCCGCCACCCGGGAACUAGGCUCAGCGAGGAUAGGUGGAAGUCCUCAGUCGCAGGCACACCCGGCCGCCGCCGCCGCCGACUGCUCCUAGCGCGGGAAGUUCUUGGGGUACAGCUGGAAGAGCUUGCCUUCCUGCGUGGGCUCAAAGCCGUACUUGUCCAGGCGCUCAGGGUCGAAAGUCCCGGCCUUGAAGUCCUUCUCGAUAGCAGGUGCCGCUGUCUCCAGAAAGAGCUGCUUGGCCGUCAGGGGAGCUUCUGUGCCCUCCGGGGCGCGGUAGUUCACGUACGGCUUGAGCCUGAAGCCGGCCAGAUCGGGGACCACCAGCUCCGGGACCAUUUCCUUGACCUGCACGAACCUGCCGUCGCGGCCGUGGAAGCCGAUGCCCUUGGCGCCGCGGCUCUUGUAGAAGCCAUGGAGCAAGAGGAGGACGCCGGCCCAGAGGCGGGCUUCUGCCUGGCCACCCUUCGGUCCUGGGGUCUGCAGCUGACGGAGCAGCGUUCUCAGUCCACCUCGCUGAUGGGUGUUGCAGCUGGAAUCCUCCUGGCCCUGGCCCUCAUUGGCAUGACCAUCUUUUUUGUGUCUAGAAGGGUUAACCGAUUCCGACAAGUGCAGCCCACUCCUCAGUACAGGUUCCGGAAGAGAGACAAAGUGAUGUUCUCCGGCAGGAAGAUCACGAGGAAGGUGACCACGCUCCCCCACGCGCUUGUGGGGAACACAGCUGCCCCCCGGCAGCGGGUGAGGAAGAGGACCAAGGUGCUGUCUUUGGCCAAGAGGAUCCUGCGUUUCCAGAAGGAAUACCCGACCCUGCAGCCAAAGGAGCCCCCGCCCUCCCUGCUGGAGGCCGACCUCACGGAGUUCGAUGUGAAGAAUUCUCACCUGCCGUCGGAAGUUUUGUACAUGCUGAAAAAUGUUCGGGUCCUGGGUCACUUUGAGAAGCCACUGUUCCUGGAACUUUGCAAACACAUGGUGUUUGUGCAGCUUCUGGAAGGGGAGUAUGUCUUCCGGCCAGGGGAGCCAGAUACCAGCAUCUACGUGGUGCAGGACGGGCGGCUGGAGGUCUGCAUCCAGGAUUCGGAUGGCACUGAGGUGGCGGUCAAAGAGGUUCUGGCUAGAGACAGCGUCCGCAGUCUCCUCAGCGUCCUGGACGUCACCACUGGCCACACCGCGCCGUACAAAACCGUGUCUGCCCGCGCUGCUGUCCCGUCCACCGUACUCCGGCUUCCAGCUGUGGCUUUCCAAGGAGUUUUUGAGAAAUAUCCUGAAACCCUGGUGAGGGUGGUGCAGAUGAUCAUGGUGCGGCUGCAGAGGGUCACCUUCCUGGCUCUGCACAACUACCUGGGCCUGACCACGGAGCUCUUCAACCCUGAGAGCCAGGCCAUCCCGCUUGUGUCUGUAGCCAGCGUGGCUGCUGGGAGGGCCAAGAGGCCGAUGUGCUGCAGCCUCGAGGAGCGGCUGGAGAGGCCCCUGCGGCCCCAGGAGCCCUGCGACCCAGAUCGUGGCGGCAGCCGUGCAGCAGCCUCUGGGCCUCUGCCGAGGAGGAGCCCCUGCCCGCUGCCUUCUGUCCACGAAGAGAUCGUGGACAAGCUCAGCCAGGCCCAGGCAGGUGACCAGGCUGCUUCAGCUCCGCCAGGUGAGGGACCCUCUGUCCCACUCCAGACGGCGGGCAAGCCCUGGGCCCAGAGGACCCUGCGCCUGUGCCCUGCCUCCCGGUGUGAAGCAGUGGCGGGCGUCUUGUUGCCUGAACGCCCUGCUGGCUGCUCUGCCCACCGCCCUGCAGCACCCGUGUCCGUGGAGCGUCCCUGGGCUGGACCCUGCGCCCCGCUCCUGCAGAGAGAGCUCCUCUCGGCCUUUGGGGGCACAGCAGGUGCCACCUCAGACCUGAGGAUGGCCUGUGACGGCGCCCAGGUCCCGCAGCACGCAGGGGAGCGCCCCGGGGGCACCGUGGCCAGCGAGCCCAAGAAGAGCUUGGUGGGUGCAGAGACCCCGCCGGCUGUCCUCCUCCACUCGGACGGUAACGCGGCUGAGGCUGUUGCCGGCAAGAAGACAGACGCCAUCCUCAGAGCCGCCAGGAAGGACCUGCUCACGCUGAUGAAGCUGGACGAGGCGCGCGUCCUGUGCGGCUUCUGCGUUCACGCCCACGCGCUGCCUGGGCCGCAGGCUCCGCCCACGCCAGCCCACACGUGGGCCUGCGUCCCUGCGGGCGCCCACACUGAAGUGGGGGGGUUUCAUGAAGGUUUCGUCGUCUGCACACGCGGCACAACAGCACAUCCCGACUGGGUCAGCCUUCGGGCCAACGCUGGGGGCUGCACACACCUCCGGCCGCAGCGCAGCGGUCCUGAUGCUGCCGCGAGCCAGCUGGCAGGUCACCAGUUUGGGCUACAUACUGUAGGCAGCAAGUGGGACUCGGGGAACCCUGCCAGCAACCUCUCCACGGUGGCCGUCAUGCCCGUGUCAGAGGAUGUGCCCCUCACCGCCUUCACCCUGGAGCUCAAGCACGCCCUCAGCGCCAUCGGCCCUGCCCUGCUGCUGACCGGCGCCAACAUAAAACAGCGCCUUGGCUCUGCUGCUGUGGACAGUAUCCACGAGUACCAGCUGUCCAGCUGGCUGGGGCAGCAGGAGGACAUCCACCGGAUCGUGCUCUACCAGACGGACAGCACUCUCACACCCUGGACCCAGCGCUGUAUCCGGCAGGCCGACUGCAUCCUUAUCGUGGGCCUGGGCGAGCAAGAGCCCACGGUGGGCGAGCUGGAGCGGAUGCUGGAGACCUCGGCUGCGCGCGCCCAGAAGCAGCUGGUCCUGCUGCACCGGGAGGACGGGCCUGCGCCGGCCCGCGCUGUGGAGUGGCUCAACAUGCGGGGCUGGUGCUCCGGCCACCUGCACCUCUGCUGCCCUCGCCGUGUCUUCUCCAGGAGGGGCCUGCCCAAGCUGGUGGAGCUGUACGAGCGGGUCUGCCAGAGGCCCCCGGACCGGCACUCGGACUUCUCCCGCCUGGCGCGGGUGCUGACCGGCAACGCCAUCGCCUUGGUACUCAGGGGAGGGGGAGCGAGAGGCUGUGCCCAGGUCGGCAUCACCCGGGCCCUGACGGAGUGCAGCACCCCUGUGGACACGGUCAGAGGGACGUCCAUCGGGGCCUUCAUGGGCGCCCUGUACUCUGAGAAGCGGAACUACGGCCAGAUACGGAUCCGGGCCAAGCAGUGGGCUGAGGAUGUGACGUCGAUGGUAAAGACCAUGCUGGACCUGACCUACCCCAUCACCUCCGUGUUCUCGGGGGCUGGCUUCAACAGAAGCGUCUGCAGCGUCUUCAAGGACAGGCAGAUGGAGGACCUGUGGAUCCCCUACUUCACCGUCACCACCGACGUCACAGCCUCUGCCAUGCGGGUCCACACAGACGGCUCCCUGUGGAGGUACGUGCGUGCCAGCAUGUCCCUGUCGGGCUACGUGCCCCCGCUCUGCGACCCCAAAGAUGGACGCCUGCUGAUGGACGGGAGCUACAUCAGCGACCUCCCAGCGGAUGUGGCCAGGUCAAUGGGGGCAAAGGUGGUGACGGCCAUCGACGCGGGCGGCCGGGAUGAGACAGACCUCACCAACUACGGGGCUGUGCUCUCCGGGUGGUAGCUGCUGUGGAAGCGCUGGAACCCCUCGGCCACGAAGGUCAAGGUGUUGAACAUGGCGGAGAUCUAGACGUGCCUGGCCUACGUGUGCUGCGUCCGGCAGCUGGAGACGGUGAAGAGCAGCGACUACUGCGUGUACCUGCGCCCCCCCAUCGACGGCUACGGCACCCUGGACUUCGGCAAGUUCCACGAGAUCUGCGAGGUGGGGUACCAGCACGGCCGGACAGUGUUUGACAUCUGGGGUCGCAGUGGCGUGCUGGAGAAGAUGCUGCAGGAUCGGCAGGGGACGAGCAAGGUGAAGGCGUCCCACGUGCUCACCUGCCCCAACGCCUCCUUCACGGACCUUGCUGAGAUUGUAUCAUGCAUCGAGCCUGCCAAGGUGGCUGCCGCGGACGAUGAGUCUGACGACCAGACUGAAUACAAGGAGGUGCUGCUGGGCGGCCCCAAGGACUUCCGGAGUGCCCCAGCCGGCCUGGGCUCCGACUCGGAGGACGAGCCCUCGCUUCGACAUCGGCACUCCCGUCUGGCUUCCCCCGAACCAUCCCAGGACUCCUCAUCCCCCCUGGCUCUCUGACCAAGACGGGCAGAGGUCUCUGCUCUGACGCGCCCUGAAGCCAGCAUCUUCCGUGGGUGUGUUUCAGAGAACCAGCUCGCGCAGCUCUUCCCCAGCCUGCCAGGGAGACCCUGCUGGGGCCCAGGGCCCUGCCGGCCGGUGUUGGAGGGGCUGGGGCCUCUCUGCACUGGCCGCUCCUGGUGGGGCACUGGGUCCUGGCGUCCCCUGCACACACAGCAGUCCUGGGGGGCUGUGUCGGCCCCUGUGGGCCCCCUGAGGCCUCUGAGAUAUCAGAGCCCCUGAUGUUUCUGCUUAGCCUGUCAAUAAAGGUAGAUCUGAUCGUG